CGAGCAUAUCCGGCUAUAAAUCGCCGAAAUACCCUCGCUUUCCUGCAAAUUUUCCAUUGGUAAUUGAAGCAAGCUAUUGGGGCAGAAGUGUAUUUCCUCCGAGCAGAGGAACCCGCUCUUUCUUUGUAAUUGUCUUCCUGUUGGGAAAGCAGGGGAGCACAGAUUGAGGGGAUACAGCAGGUGGAAACAGAAAGGAGGUGUUUUUUUUUCCGGCGGGCCGUCGGGAAGAAAACGUUGGAAAAUCUUUGGAAGAGAGAGAGAGAUUGAAGGGAAGAAAAGGAGUGAAACUGCUUCAGUGUCUUCCAUUGUUUUUGGAAGUAGUAUUUAUGAAUGGAAGGUAGAGAGAGUGUGGUGUUUUUUGGGUCUGAGGGGUUCGGUGGAGUAAAAAACACACCUUCUUUAACCCCUUCUCCUGUUUCUUCUCCAUCGCCGCCUCCUUCGCUGCCGCACGCCGGAGGUAUAGCCGGAGUUGGUGGUGAAGCUGGAAGCUUUAUAGGACAUGUAGGUGGAGGAAGCAGCGGAGGUGCUGCGGUAGCUGCCGCAGCGGCAAGUCGUGUGGAUGGGAUGGCGAUGGGGAUGGGGAUGGGGAUGGGUUUAGGAAUGGGAAGCAUCGGGAGUAGCUUUAGCGGCGGUUCGGAGGAACUUAUGAAAAAGAAGAGAGGGAGACCAAAGAAGUUGGGGCCGGAAAGCAUGGAGCUUGCUCUGACGGCGAGGUCCUCUUCGCCAUUUUCCUCCGGCUCCAAGUUCUCCGCCAAAGGGCCUAGAGGGCGGCCACGGGGCACCGGUAGAUGCCAGCUCCUCGCAGCUCUCGGGGAAUGGUUUCAGUUAUCUGCGGGAGGGAGUUUCACUCCUCAUGUUGUGUCUAUUGCCGCGGGGGAGGACGUCGCAGCUCGGAUUCUUUCUUUCUCGCAGAAGGGGCCGAGAGCUGUGUGCAUUUUAUCUGCAAAUGGAGCUAUUUCAAAUGUUACCUUACGACAGCCUGGUUCUUCUGGGGGUACCUUGACAUUUGAGGGACGUUUUGAGAUAUUAUCGCUCUCUGGAUCAUUCACAAUUACCGACUUUGACGGUGUAAGAAGUAGAACUGGUGGAAUAAGCAUCUCCCUUGCAGGCCCAGACGGGCGUGUAAUUGGAGGAGGCGUUGCGGGGUUAUUACUUGCUGCCAGUCCGAUUCAGGUUGUGGUUGGAAGCUUCUUACCAAAUGCUUUCAAGGAGCACAAACGAAAGCUCAACCAGGAUUCUUCGCCGUUCCCAUCUAUUCUACCUUCUUCCUGCACCGCAGAUGUAGCGCCGCUAUCACAUGCCACUGAGGAAUGUGAGGACAAAAAGUCAACAAUUCAAGAUCCGACGAGUGGUGGUACGCAUAGCAAUGUGAUCAACAUCACCGAUCUAAAUCCGCCGUCUUUCCGAUCUGUUCAUUGGCAAGGCAUGCAGCCCUCAUCGGAGCAAAAGUCAUCUCCAGAUAUUAACGUAUGUUUACGUGAGUAGGACAUUUAUGUCACAACCCAUUCAGGGGCUUGAAAUUUUCAAGACGAGACAAAUAGUCAACGGUAAACAUUUAAAUUUAAUUACUAAUUCUAAAUCCAAUCAUAAAAAAA